CAUGUAUCGUCAAUUACUACAUUCGGCUAGAACAGCCAGAAAUUCUAUGCAAAAAUUUGCCGAAGUUCGACGCUACAAAGCAACUGUAGCUGCAGCAGAAAAUGUUGAAAGGAUACAAAACUUGGAGCAAAAAGUCGGACAAGAGGCAGCCUCUAAACCAGAUAAUUGGGAUAAUGCUAAGCCUUUCAGCGAAAUUCCUGGACCUAAACCGUUACCACUCCUUGGAAAUAUGUGGCGAUUUAUACCAGUCAUUGGUGACUUUAGUGGAACAGACCAAAUUGCAUUUAUGACUCAGUAAGCUUAAAAACCGAAGAUGCUUAUU